AUGGAUAACCCCGCGAAGGGGUUGAAUCCGGAGGGGGCUCCAAUCACGGGGCCCCAUAAAGGGGCUUUAGGGGCGGGUUCUCCGACCUCGCCCAACUGGGAGGAACCUAUGGAGGGCCAGGACAUGGCUGAGGCCGCCUCCAACAAGAGGCCCCAUGAGGGGAACCAGGACCUGGAAUAUGAGGCUCACGUUGGGAUCGGGCCUAAAAUCAGCACCGCGCUGAGGGGUAGGGCCAAGGCCAUGGUGAAGAAAGCCUCCAAAGGCCACUUUACUGGCCUGGCAGCAGCCAAGGCCAGACUGAGGGCCCAUAAGGAGGACUUCCUCUUGGAGGUGCUGGACAGCCAGGAGGGAAAGGGAGUGGUCCUCCCUUUUCCCCCCCUCCAGACAAGGUCCCAGGGGGACAACAAGAGGGACAAUAAGAAGAAGGGGGAUAAGGAGCCGCGGAUGCUGACCCCGUCCCCGUCUCCAAGUCAAGAAUUGAGAGAACGCAGCCCGCCCCCAUACACAGGGACGGACUACAUCGAUAUAGUGCGGGAAGCGACCCAGAUUGUACUACAGGCUGCCGGGAAAUCCGGCAACCUAAAUGGACAAGUCUGGGGCAAAAUGAAUCAAGCCUGCCGGGACAUCUUGGCGGCCACUGAUUGCCUGGCAGACAGAGAAGAGGGUGAGGAGUUGCGAGCCUUAAAGGCUGAUAAUAAGAGAAUGCGGGAGCAACUUGCCCAAUGUCAGGCGGAGAUGAAGGCCCUUCGUAGAGCUUUCUCUGAGAGGGAGACCCAGCCCCUAGCACAGGCCCCAACGACUGAAUUUGACCAGUCCCCGACGGGUUUCGCUGAGGCCCUCAAGGAGGCCCUCAAGGAACUGAAGGAGGACCUGAAGCGGGAUCUCACAAUUACUAUGGGAAACAUGAUCUCGGCCCGCACGGGCUAUUCCCCUGAGCCGGUCCCCCGCCCCCCUCUCGCGGCGGACAGGAAUAAGACGAUUGCAAGCCAGCCCAUACCCCAGCCGGAACUUUUCUCUGGGGUGCCCUCAAGGGCAGUGACACGUGAGCCACCCACUAGGCAGCCUAAGGCCCCUGCGGCUCAGCCUUCGGCACCAGCGGCACCAGCGACCAAGAAGAGGGCUAACUCUGCUCCCAGGCAGAAGACGGCGAAGGAGCCCAGUGCCUCCCCACCCUCACAGCCGGCAACAACAACACAGCAGCCUGCUGAGUCUUGGACGCAGGUUGUCAAAAAGGGCAAAUCUGGCAAAUCCGCCAAGCCUUCUUCCCCCCCUGCCGCUCCGGUCCGGAAACCGGCACCUGCGGGUCCACGAAAGCUGGUUGUGCCCUCUACGGCUGCGAUAGUGGUGGCUUUGAAGCCGGAGUCUGAGGCGACAUACGCCUCAAUCAUGUCUAAGGCCACCACAUCGGUGAAUCUUGCUGAUGUGGGUCUUGAACACGUCAAGGUCCGUAAAACAGCUGCUGGAGCCAGGAUUAUUGAGGUGUCCGGGUCGGACAAUGGCAGGGCGGCUGACGAACUCUGCCGAAAAAUCACGGACGUGAUUGGAGAGGAAGCCCGAGUAUAUAGGCCCACCAAAAUGGCGGACCUACGCAUUUCGGGCCUAGAUGAGGCAGCCACUCAGGAGGCGAUCGCUGGAGCAAUCGCUAAAUUGGGCGAAUGCUCGCUGAAUGAAAUAAAGGUGGGAUCUAUUAGGGCCCAAUAUAAUGGGACAGGGUCGGCGUUGGCACAAUGCCCUAUAACGGCAGCCAAAAGGGUCACCGCAGCGGGUCGACUUCUAAUAGGUUGGUCCUCGGCCCUGGUAGUGGCGCUGGACCCAACACCAAUGAGGUGCUUCAAGUGCAUGGGCACGGGGCACACCAGAGCACUGUGCCCAUCGCCGGUAGAUAGGAGCAGCCUCUGCUUCCGCUGUAGCAGACCGGACCACAGGAUCGCGGACUGCAAGGCGGAGGCUGCCUUUUGUUCGGUGUGCCAUGCGGCCAAAAGACCUGCGGGGCACAUAAUGGGGGGCUUUUCCUGUGCGCCCCCACCAGCAAAAGGCAAAGAGGCUCUUCUGAAGAUCCAAAGAGCCCCCCCAAAGCGUAACGCCGACCAAUCGGCCUGUGAGGGACAAAAUAUGGAUAUGUAA